UACGUCAUCUGAUGGAUUUAAAGCUUUUUAUUUUAUUUUCCUGGGUGAGGAUUAAUCUCGUUCGAAGAAAAUUUAUUUUUGUUGUUAAUCUGUGAUUAAGGGGUAGGAUCCACCGUGAUUAAAACGACUGGUAUGACGUGACGGCCAGCGUUAAUUUGUAUCAAAAUCACCAGGGGAAAGCAACACCUGGGUCCACGUAGUACGUUCCCAACCAUGAGGAGGUGACAGCCAGCUAACUCUGCUGCUAGGUCUUGCUGCUUGGACAUAUGGCAAGAGAUAUGUCUAGAGCUGGACCAGGGGUGGUGUGUCUAGAGCUGGACCAGGGGUGGUGUGUCUAGAGCUGGCCCAGGGGUGGUGUGUCUGGAGCUGGCCCAGGGGUGGUGUGUCUGGAGCUGGACCAGGGGUGGUGUGUCUGGAGCUGGACCAGGGGUGGUGUGUCUGGAGCUGGACCAGGGGUGGUGUGUCUGGAGCUGGACCAGGGGUGGUGUGUCUGGAGCUGGACCAGGGGUGGUGUGUCUGGAGCUGGACCAGGGGUGGUGUGUCUGGAGCUGGACCAGGGGUGGUGUGUCUAGAGCUGGACCAGGGGUGGUGUGUCCAUAAACACUCUUCCCAGGUGGUGGAUCAGAGAGGAUAAAAAAAUAGAACAAAAAGUGAAUCGGCACACUGGUAUAAUAGUGGUCUCAAAGGACAACGUCUGGACCACAAACUGGUUGUUCUUCAGAAGGACCACGAGGCAACACACACUAACUGGACGGCUGUAUUGACCUGAUGGCAGGAUGUGAACUUCAGCACGUGUUUAGGAUCACUUUCUCAUGCCUGCCAGCCUCCUGGUACUGCAGUGUGUCCUUGCUGUCUCUGGGCUGUGUGCCCAGGCAAAGGGCCUUCUUCCUGGUGUUCCUCACCUGCUCUGCCCUGGUUUUCCUGGGGGUCUACCAGACUGAGCUCUGGGGGCCCCAGCGCCACAGGGGACACGUCAACAAAUACCUUUCAUCUGUGGAGACCAUGGAGGCUACGGAUGUCACCAACGCAGCUCUAAACUACGGGAUCGUGGUGGACUGCGGCAGCAGCGGCUCCAGGGUGUAUGUGUACUACUGGCCCCCCCACCAUGGAAACCUCCACACCCUGCUGGACAUCAGGCAGAUGAGGGACCACGACCGCCACCCUGUGGUCAAGAAGAUCAAACCUGGUAUUUCCACUAUGGCGCUGAGCCCAGCCAAGGCCAGUGACUACCUCCAUCCCCUCCUUUCCUUCGCUGCCACCCAUGUCCCCAGGAAGAAACACAAGGAGACUCCCCUCUAUAUCCUCUGUACUGCUGGCAUGAGACUGCUGCCUGAGAGUCAGCAGGCUGCUAUCCUGGAGGACCUGGUAAGAGAUGUUCCAGUGGAGUUUGACUUCCUGUUCUCCAGCUCCCAUGCAGAGGUGAUCUCUGGGAAACAGGAAGGUGUGUAUGCAUGGAUUGGUAUUAACUUUGUGUUGGGACGCUUUGACCAUGCGGAGUACGAAGAUGAUGCAAUGGUGGAGGUCACUACAGGGUCACAGAACCAUCACCCAAUUAGCCGGCGGCGUACAGUGGGCAUCAUGGACAUGGGCGGAGCCUCGCUGCAGAUAGCCUAUGAGGUGCCUAGCGCGGUCCACUUCAGUUCACCUGAACAGGAGGAGUCUGGUAAGAGCCUGCUGGCAGAGUUUAACCUGGGCUGUGAUUCAGAGCACACGCAGCACGUCUACCGUGUAUAUGUCACCACAUUCCUGGGCUUCGGGGGGAACAUGGCUCGACAACGCUACGAAGACCAGCUGGUCAACUCCACCAUCACCAAGAACAGACUGACAGGCGAUCAGACAGGCAUGAUGGAAGCCACGCCCCUUGCAGACCCGUGCCUCCCUGUCGGCCUAUCAGACGUGGUGCGUCGGGACGGCCGUGCGGUCCACCUGAGAGGGCAGGGGGACUGGGCGCGGUGCCAGGGAGCAGUCAGGCCUUUCCUGGGUCUCCACAACGGCACCAUGGGAUCCCCCAGGGGGGUGUACCAGGCCCCCAUCGACUACAGCAACUCAGAGUUCUAUGGCUUCUCUGAGUUCUUCUACUGCACCGAGGAUGUACUGAGGAUGGGGGGACCGUACGACAGCGCCAAGUACUCCAAGGCUGCCACGGACUAUUGUUCCACUAAGUGGUCAACCCUCACCAAGCGUCUAGACAGCAAGCUGUUCUCUAAACAAGCGGACUCCUCCAGACUGAAGUACCAGUGUUUUAAGUCAGCCUGGAUGUUCCAGGUGCUCCACUCAGGCUUCAGGUUCCCUAAGGACUACCCCAGCCUGAAGACUGCUCAGCUGGUCUAUGACAAGGAGGUGCAGUGGACCCUGGGAGCCAUCCUGUUUAAGACACGCUUCCUGCCUCUCAGGUCAGUAGGCACUUCUUGUGUGUGUCUGUCUGUGUGUCUGUCUGUUAUUAAUCCAUCUCUCCUCUCCAACAGGGACCUCCAGGCAGAGUCGUUUAAACAGGGCCACUCCAACUGGCUGCGUUCCUCCUUCGUCUACAACCACUACCUGUUUUUUGCCUGUAUCCUGGUGGUCCUGCUGGCCAUUCUGCUGUACAUCCUCCGCCUCCGCAGGAUCCACCAGCGAGAACAGAGGCAGGCUGAGGCCCUGGACCUGCUCUGGGUGGAGGAGGGGGAGGCUCUUCUGGCCUGAUCCAGGAUCAGUUUAGACUCUGAAUCUUUCUUGACCUGAGGCCUUGGGUGUGGGGGGGGUUACUGAUCUAGGAUGAGUCGAGAUGCUCUCAGUAACUGGUGUUCAUAGCCUGGUAUGCACAGCUCUAGGAUCAACCUUUCACCCUCUGAGUUGUAUGCUUGACUGGUGCUCUAUUUGUUAAGAGGCACUGAUCUAGGAUCAGAUGAUCAACCGCAAAUCAUGACCUUGACUGGAACCAACGGCCUGUUGGGACAAUGAUCUAGGACCAGCUUAGUCACGCUGAAUCAUAACGUUGACUAAUGGCUAGAAAUGCAAUAGCAACGUCAUCCUACAACGAAGGUUUGAAUUAUGGGGGUGCUGGACACUCCCGUUUUUACACAUCUUUACACCCCAGAUCCAGAUAUCAACGUUGACCUGACCGUGAGCUCCCUCGUAAAACAGAAAAUAUCAACCAAGGUCCAAAUCACUAUUUAUAGUAACCUCUGACCUAGAGUGUUGAUGUAAACAUAAGUAGGAGGGGCCAUGGAACUGGAACCUUCAAAAGGGGGAGGAGAAUUGCAGGAUGUGGGCGAAACAUCAUAAAGAGAGAACUGGAUCGUUAAAACAACGGAACAGGAAAAUCCCAACAGGUGAAAGACUGAGGACCGAGCCAUUCUAUUUCUAUUGUAGAUUAUUCACUGUUGCAGAGGGACCACUGUAUUGGCCAUUUUGUGUGAAGGAAGGUGAAGCUUGACGUUUGAGGCUGAAGUUGUCCUUAACCACAGAUCUAGAAUCAAGUAACCUACUCCUAAACCAUUAGGGGAAUGCAAAUAAAAUCUGACCCUGUAUCUGUGGAUAGGGGUAACUUCUAGCUACUCUUUGUUGAAAAGGGUGCCUUUAUGAUUGUCUGUUUGGACAGUAUUGUAACCAUGACGAUACAAACUUUGUGUCUGACCAGUAUACUUCCUGUAAAUCUCACAAACAGGAAGUGCAUUAAUUCCUUAAUAAUCCCACUGUGGUAAUGCUUUUGAUUUGAAGCUUUCAAAUAGAAAAAGGCUUUAUUGAUUUGUAUUGAAAAACUACAAUGAGGAAUCAAACAUGGGGCGGCAGGUAGCCUAGUGGUUAGAGCGUUGGGCCAGUAACCGAAAGGUUGCUUGAUCGAAUCCCCGAGAUGACAAGGUGCAAAUCUGUCGUUCUGC